AUGAAAAGGAAUAGAGAAAAUUCCGAUAAUACACUAGAUGAAAGUAAUAUCUUGAAAAGAAGAGAUAACAAUAUUGAUAUGGAUAGUAGAAAGCAGCACACAUUUUGGAUAUUAUCGCAAGCUCAAAAGAAUUUGACAUUUAUAACUCGAUCAUUCUGUUAUUUGUGUAACAGAAAGCUUAAUACUUCAACUCCAAGAAAUAAUGGGAACUCCAUUAAGAAAAUAAAACUUUUGUGUACAUAUUGUAAUCGGAGUACAUGUGAUAAUGAGGGAUGCUUACUAAAUGAAUGUGGAAUAUGUAAUGUAGCAAUUUGUGCACUGUGCUCCACAUGUACCCACAGAGACUUAAUAAUAUGUCCUAAUUGCUAA